AAAAUCUACGAGCAAGCGUUGCACUCAGGACGUUUCUUAUUAGAUCGGGAAUCAAAUUGUUGUUUUUAGCUUUGUCAAAAGUAAGAUGUAAGUCAAAAGUAAAAAGUAAGACUAUUGUUACGGAAUAGAAAUCCAGUAUUCGGUAUUCGGAAAAACCUACAUCACGCUACAAACAAGAUAAGUUUGCAGUUUUGUCAUCCAUGAGCUCCGAACGUCAACAACUAGGUCUACUGAUAGAACUAGCCUGCUCAGUGGAGAGUCUUCCGUCUGUACUAUCCCCUAAAUCAUCUUUAUAUUAUAGGUAAUUGUGUUUACUUGCUUCACUGUUAUUGCGCAAGUGCUGAUAGUUACAUUUACAGCAAGCAAGAACACGCAAUGACAAUAAGUACAAUUUCGACUGUACCAAUAAACCUGUUCAAUAUCAUCCACGACGUCCAGUUUAUUGAUAAAGUUUUAAAUUUUUACAAAUUUUUUAUAAUAUUUUUCGGUAGGCAGCGACUUGGCUCUGUCCCUGCCAUUACUGAAGUCCAUGGGCGACGGUAACCACUCACCAUCAAGUGGGCCGUAUGCUCGUCUGACUGAAGACGACAUUUAUAUAAAUUCUACCACCAAAGUAAACUAAUGUUUUGCGAGGCGUCGCUCAGAGGAACCACAACUUGGAAUUCACCGCCUCAUGAGUAAUUCUAGUCAAAUAUCUACUCCACCUUGUCGGUAGUAAUUUCUUAGAACCGGAGCGAAUAAUAGAUUCGCGUGAGGAGCCGAUAAGAUGGUAAUGUCUACCUGCUCUUCACUGAGUCCAUCGAGGUUUUUUUUUUGGCGGGAACCUUAAAGAAAACCGAUUCAGGAAGAAAAAAAAAAUUUCUAUUUCAUUUUACUAUUUCUAUUUUAUUUUUCUAUUUCAUCUUUAGUCUCUUUAUUAAAAAUUGGUACAAAACAAACGUGUUAGGUGUGUGAAUUUGUGAGAAUGGUGGGAAACGAGGUGGGCGGGCAUAACCCGCCCACCUCACACAAACGUCCUCGGCAUGAGGUCGGAGACGGAGGGAAUUCGACGGACUGUGGUGAUGGCGGCGGCGGUGAGCGGUUUGACUAUUCACCAUAUAUUACGCCCGAUUAUAAGAGACUAUAUCGGGAAAUGCCACAUAUAUAGACUUCAACGUUUUCAUUGAAACCACAAACAACAAGGAUAGAAUAGGCAAUAAGAGCCCUAUCUAUCUUAACCAUAUAUUUUCAAGUGAAGUAAAAAGAGUGACAGCUAUACAAUGCAUAAAUGCAAAUAAAAUAGCAGUAAUAUUUAAACAGUUUAAUACAGCGAAUAAUUUCAUUAACAACAACACCUUUCUCAACAAACACGACCUUAAAGCAUUUAUUCCGGCUGCGCAAAUAGAAACAACAGGUAUAAUCAGAUAUGUACCAGCAAACAUUUCAAACAAAGACUUAUACACUAAACUAUCUUCAAUUUAUGAAAUAAUAGCUAUAAGAAGAUGCACAAAAAAGGUGGGGCAAGAGCGAGUACCAAUACAUACAGUACAAUGCUGUACGUCAUCCUGGGUACAGUCAAAGAGGUGUCGAUAGGUCCGACGAGCUUGAUGGCGCUGUUCACCCUUCAGAUCUGCCGAGAGCUGCCCAUUGAAUUCGUGGUACUACUGACGUUCCUUUCCGGAUGUAUCGUCUUUGUUAUGGGACUUUUGAGAUUGGGUUUCCUAGUAGAUUUAAUAUCACCUUCAGUGACGAGCGGCUUCACGUCAGCGACCGCAAUCAUCAUCGUCGCCGGACAAGUGAAGGGGCUGAUAGGACUGAGCUUCGUCGCGGAGUCGGUGGCGGACAACGUGUACUUCGUGGUCAGCAAGUGGAGGGACAUAAGGCUGGCUGACUGUGCACUUGGGGCCGUCUGCUGCACCGUUCUACUUCUCUUGAGGAAACUGAAAGACGUGCAAGUGAGCCCCAAACAGACGAAGUUGAAGAAGGCUCUGUGGCUGGUGUCGAUCAGCCGGAACGCCAUCGUCGUGCUCGCGGCUUCUGUUUUCGCUUUCUACACACACAAUCCUCAGAAACCAAUGUUCAAGUUGUCAGGUCUAGUGGAGCCGGGCCUGCCCCCACUCUCGCUGCCGCCAUUCAGCGCCUCCCUGCACAACAGCACGCUGCGGCUGCAGGACAUGGUGCUCCACCUCGGCAGCGGCGUCCUCAUGCUCCCGAUAGUCAUGGUGCUUGCCAAUAUUGCCAUCGCAAAGGCUUUUUCUGUUGGUGAGAAGCUGGACAUAACUCAGGAGAUGAUGACCCUGGGCCUGUGCAACAUCGCCGGCUCGUUCGUCCACGCCAUGCCGACGUGCGGCGCCUUCACCCGCUCCGCCGUGUCGCACUCCAGCGGCGUGCGCACCCCCGCCGCCGGACUCUACUCCGGUAUAAUAACGCUGCUGGCGCUGGUGUUCCUGACACAAUACUUCUACUUUAUCCCAAAGGCGUGUUUGUCGUCGGUCCUCAUCUGCGCGGUCAUAUUCAUGAUAGAUAUUGAAACAGUUCUCCGGCUGUGGCGACGGGACCGCAUGGAGCUCUCCGUGCUGGCGCUCACCUUCGUGACCAGCAUCGCGCUGAACGUGGAGCUGGCGGUGCUGGCCGGCAUCCUGGCGAGCCUGGCGCUGCUGGUGCGGCGCCUCAUGCGGCCCGCCCUGCACGCGGCGGCUGUCAAGACGGGGUCGGGGGAGGUGUGCGUGGUGCGCGUGACGCAGGGCGCCGUGUACCUGAGCGCGGAGCUGGUGGGGCGGCGCCUGCUGUGGGCGGCCGCGCGCUCCGCCCCCCGCGCGCUGCUCGUGGACUGCACCCGCCUCACGCUGCUCGACUACACCGCGCAGCAGGUUUUUGAAAGAGUUAUUAAAAAAAUCAAGAAUGACAAUCAGAAGAUACUAUUUUAUAAUGUUCCCGUAGAAUUGAUGAGUCAAAUGGAAAACAUAGAAGGAGUUAUAAAACAGUCAUUCAGAGCGACCUCAGUGCAAGAAGCUCUCGCUGUCAUCGAAGAAAAAGCUGUUGAAGCCAACGAAUCCACCGCGCUGAUGGCGACAGAACCAGGCAGCCGCGAUAACGUGUAGCUAUAUAAUCCUGUAGUUCAAACAAACUUUACUAAAUAAAAUUCAUUAGUUUUAAUUAAUAAUAGAAAAAUCGAAACUUCCAACUUUGUUAUAGAUAUAGUUUAAGAAUCUUUAUAUCGAGGGGUGAUAGGAUAUUUUGUUUAAGCGACAUUUUUGCAACUUUACCGGAGAACCAUUUAAAUAUUAAAAUUUAGAAAAUAUAACAAAAAAAACCUCUUCAGCUAGUAUUUGACUGGAGUAAACGUAAUUGAAGUUCAAUUAAAAACAUCGCACUGCUGAUUCUGACACCAAAUAAACGUACCUUUAAAUACAAAGAUAAAUAUUAAGCGAAAUGUCGCUUAAACCAAAUAGCCUUUCACCCCUCGAUAUGGUUUUAAAUCUGUUACAGAAAUGUUUAUAAUGUAAAUGAUAGUAUUAGUAAGCUAAUUUAUGUAAUAAAUUUACGUGUUUAGAUUUUGGUAAUUGUUAAAGUUGUUGAAAAUAAAGCACCACCAAAAUAUAAUAUAUGUCAUACAA